AUGCUUUUGUACCCGUUCCUCUCUGCAUUCAUUCUGCUACUCAGCACGGCUGAUGCUGUCACCGUCUAUGACCAGUUCCCUUUAUCAGCGUCAGCAGCGAGUAGCACUGUAGGGGAUAGUAUCCCUGCUGCCACGUACACUGCGGCAGCAGCUUACGAUCCUACUGUUCUUAACCCUCCACCUAUACCUGACCCCCCACCGUCUACUCAGUUUGUGUUACAGCUCCAUAAUGAUGCCGGUGACGUACAGGGGCUCUCUACACCUCUGAGUGGCGCCUUGCUCGGGUUCUCCAUUGAGAUGUCUGUGGCCGACCAAGUUCUCGGUCCCAAUGGCACACAUCUGCAAGUGCCAUUCUUGAACCUGAUGGCGCUCAUAACUGAACGCGCAGGCCGCGUUCACGUUCGUGUAGGAGGCAACUCCCAGGAGAAUGCAAUGCUCAUCUCGGAUCUUCCAAAUGGCAAAUCGAUCACAAAACAGAGUGUGGAUGGAGGCAACCCCACGGAUACACCGGCCCUUUUAUAUACCCUUGAGAUCCUCUAUAUGCUCUCAAACAUCUCAGGCCUUGUCAAUACGAAGUGGUAUCUCGGCGUGCCACUGAAUGAUAGCUCCAACCUUCAUCUUGCCAUCGCAGAAUACGGUGAGCGUAUUUUGGGCGACAACCUCAUAGGACUGCAGAUUGGCAAUGAGCCCGAUCUCUAUGCCCGCCACAGCCACCGCCCGGCUACCUAUAGUCCAUACGACUACUUCAGCGAGUUUGGACAGGUCGUUCAGGCGAUGCAAGCAGAUGCCAAUACGCCGGUCACCAACAACCUGCUGGCUCUGAGCGUAGCUACUGGAGACUGGACCCCGGAGGAUGUUUGGAACACGAAUUUCAUCCCGGCAUAUAUGAACAAUCUUGCGGCAUUGACCGUAGAGCACUAUCCAAACGACAACUGUGCCGCACUAUAUCCAGGUUUCGGUCCCCCUCAAGACCCUCAGUCGGUCUUCCCGAGCUACCUCACUCAUGCCUCUUGCAAGAGCAUCGUCGCACCGUAUCUGAACUCGUCUGCGAUCGCGCUUGCUGCGGGCAAGCCGUUCGUAAUGUUCGAGACGAACACCGCAUCGUGCGGAGGAUUUCCCGGAAUUAGCGACAGUUUCGGCGUGGCUCUGUGGGUGGUGGACUACGCGCUGCAGAUGGGUGCGAGUGAUUUCUCGCACGCGUUGUUGCACGUGGGUGGACAGGACGUGUACUACAACCCAUUCACCCCGCCACUAACCAACCAGUCCAAGAUCCACCAAUGGACCAUCGGCCCCAUCUUCUAUUCCGUUCUCGCAGUCGCCGAGACGCUUGGCUCCUCGAACCACUCGCAGAUCAUCGAUCUCGCUUCAAACGGUGACAACGACUAUACGCCGGGCUACGCGGUCUACGAGAAUGGGACGCUCAUGUGGCUGGCGCUGAUCAACUUCAUGACGGACCCAUCCGGCGCCAAUGAUUACACUGUGACCAUCUCCGUCGGUGGAAACGCGCUCGGGCAGCCGAGCACGACUCCAUCUCAGAUCAGGCUGAAAUAUCUCUUGGCCCCAUCUGUCGGCGAGAAAUUCAAUAUAACUUGGGCUGGCCAGACUUUCGGCGGUCAGUUCGAGUCAGACGGAUGUCUGCGCAGUGCGGAGACAACGCAAACCGUAGACUGCGACACCGCCAACAAUACCUGCCAAGUCACGGUACCAGCACCUGGCUUCGCGCUCGUCUUCCUCUCCGACGGCACGUUCGAGGAGUCCACGCCUACAAGCACGCAUACAUUUGCCACGACGGUCACAGCCGUCGGGGAACAGAAAUACAGCACGACUGUUGAUCCGAGCACAUUGCAGACCUCGAACGGACACAAGGGGGCGGAUGGCGGCCAUGGCAGCACUAGCAAAGGGAAGCACAGCGGGGCCACAGCUGCGGGUAUAUACCCGAGUGUUGUGCUGCUUUUGGCGAUGCUGGCUGGUGUGGGGGUGCUGAUCAGAGCAGUGGGAAAUGGAUGGUCUUGA